AGGAUAGGAACACUACCACAUGGUCCCUCUCUAGAUAUUUUCAAAUCAACUUAUUUUACGAUUUUAUUACACAACUAGGGGAACUUGAACCCGAGUCUUCUGACGAAAAGGUAGAAGCACGACGAUCGUGUCACAAGGACUCCUCCUGGUUGGCGAUAUUGAAACAGCUGCACCUCAUCGUGAAAAUUGAGUCUUCCAUUUUUUUGAUCUCACUUCCUACCUGUCUCAACUUUGUCCCGUGACUUAAGCCUUUAUUGCUACGCAAGUGGCUUUUCAGCGACAACAUCUCAUUUAUGCUUAACCAUGAAGUGUUUGGUCCUAAUCGCUGUCGUGGUUCCUUUAUGUUUGUGUGCAAGUUAUGCUGCUUUGGAAGAAGAUGCUGCAUUACCAUAUAUGUCAAGUACAAUGACCAGUAUAGUUAAACCUAAUACAACUACCUCACAUCCUACUACGACUACGCGUGUCACCAACACGACUGCACAGACUACGCAUGUCACCAACACGACUGCACAGACUACGUGUGUCACCAACGCGACUGCAACAAAUCUCUCAACUACCCAUGUAUUGACAACUGUGCCCCCUACUUUGACACCUAAUUUUUCACUGCCUGAGACUGGACAGUACAAUGUUUCAAUCAAGAAUGCUAUUUGUAUCAAGGCAACACUUGGAAUACAACUUUUUGUCAAAGAACAUACAGAGGACUUCUACUUCAAUAUUCCACCAGCAAAGACUGUAGCUUCAGGAAAGUGUGGGAAUCUUGCCUCCUGGAUUAUCUUAAAAUUUAAUUCCGGAUUUGUAAACUUCACCUUUGUAAACGAUGGAAAACACUACUAUGUCAGUGAAAUAAGUGUUGCUCUGAAUACCAUGAAAAACUUGGAGAAAUAUUAUAUGGGUACUGUGAAGAAUCUAAAGUUGUUCAAGGCUACACUUGGGCAUUCUUACAAGUGCAAAAGCAAGCAGGUUGUGGAUAUUUCAGCCAAUCCAUUAUGGAUUCUUCUUGUUAAUACUCAACUCCAAGCGUUUGACAUUACUGGUGGAAAAUUUGGUAAAGUGGAGGAAUGCUUCUUGGAUUAUAGAAUUAUUGUGCCCAUCUGCUUUGGAGUGUCUCUUUUUGUGUUGAUCAUCAUCGUAAUCAUCGUGUACUUGUAUUAUCGACGUCGAAGAUUUGCAGGCUAUCAGCGAAUCUGAGAAAAGAGAUCGAAUGUAGUAAGAAAGAUGCUACUAGCCUCUUCACUUAGUUUUCACUUGUCAUUAUUAUUGAAGAUGUGCAUCUCAGUUGAAUUUUGAUUUCCUCUCUAUUCAACUUACAUGGUUUGUUUCAAAUAUGCAUUGAUAUACUGGUGGAGGAUUAGCUUACCAUUGAGUCAUUAUAUCUCUACAUGGUGUUAUGAUUACUUUUAUGUCUUUUAUAUCAGAAUUACUGGGAAUUAAAACUAUAAUUAGUUUGGAGUAAUGUAGCUUUUCUGUAGAGGCUUAGCAAUUCUAAUUUUGAAACAUAUUGUGAUGGCAAAUGCAUUUUGAUUAUGUUCUUUUGACUUUUUUAAAUCUGAAAACAAAGAAGUACAGGGAUUCUAUCCUGUAAAUUGGUUUCAUUUUGAUUUCGUACAAAAUGCAUUUUUCUACAAACAGUUAACAACAAUUGGUCAAUUUAUGGAGAACAGCAAUAAUUUCAGUCAAAGUUAGCUGUUUUUCAAUAUUACUUUUUAGGUUUUUAAAAAUUGAUUUUAAGAUCUUCUGUGGAAUGUUUUAUUUUCUGGAGCUAUCCUUAAAAGUUUUUCUGUGCUUCAUGUGUAUUCACUGCUUUCAGUAAUUUGAUUAUAAAUGCUUCAACAAUACAUAUCUAAAUUAAUUAAUUUUAGUUACUUUUAAAUCAUAAGUUUUAGAAAUGAAAAGGCAUACGUUGCUAACAGUAUGAAGUAAUUUCAUUAAUGGUCGCUGACAUUUAUAAAUGUCAAUAAAUUGCAAUAUCCUUUAUAUAGAUUACAAUUCUUACAAAUACCUUAUUGCUUUUUUAAUUAUAAGCUUGUACCAAUAAAUGAAACAGGACAAUGAAGCUACAUUUACAGAAGAAUAAAGCUUCUUAAUAUCUGAUGAAGAAUGUAAGAUAUUAAGAAAUGUUUGCAUUGGUUUUGCUUUCUGUUAUCCGCUUCUCCCAGCUGAAAUGUGGGUUUCUGUUGAAGGAAACAGUAUGUUUGAGUAAUUAAAGCAAACUGAUAAGAGUUCCUGACUUAUGCUGAAUGCACAAUCGCAUCUAAUGUAUUUGAACUUGUGCCCCAAUGAGUGGAGGAUUGGAUUAGAAUAGCAUAUUAAUUUGGUUGUUCUCAAUAAGCAAAGCCAUACAAACCAGCCCAUGCUUGCUAAAUGAAAAACACAGGAUCUAACAUUGGAUGUGAUUCCACAACUGGACAUGUGCUAAAUAAACCUGAGUGUGAGAGAAUUAUGCUGAUAAACAAUUUAGAAUUGUCAACUGGGCUCAGUGUGGUGUAUUUGUGCCUGUUGGAAGCAACAUAUUAAUGCAUAAGAUCUCUGUUCUUUGCAGCUAAAGAGUACACAGUGUUCCUGUUUUAACUGAACAAAGUAGGUGAUAGCAAUUCUCUGGUUCAUUUUUUAUUUGAAGCAAUAACUCAGUCAUCAUCCAAAUGUUACAUUUUCAAUGGCAAUACCGCUACCAAUCAGAAUCUAGUUACCAACCAAUUGGAAUUUUCCACUCCUGUAGUAUAAAUAUUUGUUUUUGCUUGAUGUUGGUAAUUCCUGUGAAUUGUCCUAAUGAGUGCAAGGAGUUUAUAAAUACUUUUAACAGCAUGAGGAGCUUCCCAUUUUUUAAUUCCUUUGUUUGGAACAAAGAUUUUUAAAAUUCUUUUAGAAUGCAGUUAAGGCACACUUCCAUUAAACUAUAACUUGCUAGUUUAAAAUUAAGGAGACAAUUACAAGAUUUUACUAAAAGAGGAAUUUUUUUGUGUACUAAUACUAGACAAAAUAGGUUAUCAAAUGCACAUACAGACAGGUAUAAAGUUGUUUAAAAAUGGUAUGAGUGUAUACCACAAAAAGGAAGAUCCAGUAUGUAGUUUAAAUGUCCUCAGAGUCCUAAAGGUUUACAUUUAACUUAAGGCUUCGGUUGUUUAACUGAUAACUUGUAUCCUCCACAAUAUCAAAAUUUGUACAUAUCUUUUUGUUCUCAGUGAAUGGUUUACUACCAGAUAUUGUUUUAUUUGAGAAACUUAGACAAAAGGGAGAGACAGAACCUUCCAGUUCUACUGUUACAAACCCAUUUGUCCUUUCUCUGAUCUGCCCAAAAGCUGUGGUAUUUAAGUUCAUGUGUAUUUCCAUGCCUAAUGUAAUUGUUUUUCAAGCUGAAAAAUUUGGGAUGCGUUUUUCAACUUGAUAUGUGAAACUUCCAGAAAAGUGCAAAUCAAACAAGAAAUAGAGAUCUGAGUGAGUCGUUUGAGUCAUUUCGAUGACAUGUUAAUUUCAGAACAGGCUGGAUCUUGUUUAUUGAUGGUUUCAUGAAACUUGGUCAGGUGAUCAUUGUGGCUAUCUUAGAUUACUUAUGUGUUUUUCAUUUUUUUGAAACCAUUUUGUUCAUGAAAAUCUCAGAUAUUCAGAUUAGAAUACGGAAAUUACAAAUUGGUCCAUUUUUACCAGUCAUAACACGUUUGAGGCUUUGAUUUCAUCUGUGAAUCUCUUCUGUUUGUCUAUGACUUUCAUUAAUACAAAUAAACCACUUUGUAUAAUUGUGUCUUUAUUUUAGAAUUGUUAAUAAGAGAAAAAUGUUCUUACAUCUAUAUAAGUUAAAGACUUGAUACUUUUAAACCUACUUUAUAUUUUGAUUUUUUAUUUUUCAACUAAGGAGCAUCUGUCAUACAGUGGCCCUAGAAAUCCCAAAGAGUGGCAACCAUCAUUGGAUUGCAGCUCUCCUCAAUCUUCUGUGAACUGACACAGCUCCGUGAUUCCUUAGAGACUUUCCAAGUCCAUGAUUUUCCAGAAAUGUGGUAUGAAGCAUCUCUCAGAGAGCUCUCUUGAAGUGAAAUAGAGUUGGAGGAAAACAGAGAAUGCCCACAAACUGCCAUAUGCUAUACUGAAUAGAUGUGCGAUAUUGAAGAGGUGAAUGAAUAGGGUGUUUCAGCUAAGUCACUUAGGGUAGGGCAGAUUGGCGGGGUGGUCGGGUUGAAGAUGGUGUUUGUGUCAAGAGUUUGGUCAGGUUGGGAUACACUUGAGGGAGGGGGUGUGUAAAUGAUGGAUGGGUUUAGCAGUAAAGCUACUCAGAUGUUAAACUAGACUUUAAUCUAUUUAACAGUCACUGUGUAACAAUGCAGGUAUGCAUUGUGGAAUUCUCCGGUGUUCUCCAGCUCAAGAUCAGAGAUAGUGGCAGAAUAUCAUUUAAAAACAAGGGAAUAGCCCAUCAGAAAUUGAAACUCCCUGGGUAAUCUGUAUAUGAGUCCAUGUGCUGGGUCUUCCACAGGAUUCCAAUGAACAUCUAAGUCAUAUGCCCAGUCUCUGGCAAUCCAGAAACUGGAAGGUCAUUGUUGAUCGAUUAAUUGAUCAUUUAAGUGAAACUAUAAACACGUCAGAAUGCUGGUUUGAUAAAAUAAUUACUACAUUACUAAAACUUAGAGCUGUCGGUGUUGGACUGGGGUGGGCUAAGUUAAAAAUCAUACAUCAGGGUUAUAGUCCAACAGGUUUAUUUGGAAGCACUAGCUUUCGGAGCGCUGCUAUUUGUCAGGUGUUUGAUGAAGGAGCGGCGAUCCGAAAACUAGUGCUUCCAAAUAAACCUGUUGGACUAUAACCUGAUGUUGUGUGAUUUUUAAAUGACUGCAUUACUAUAGCUUUAGUAAUAGCAGCCACUCGAUCUUGUGAGCAGGAUUAAUUGACUUCUAUGGAAAUAAAAUUUUAAAAGUUCACAGAUGUAAGAUAAAUGUGGAUGAUGUGAUCUGGACAUUUGUAAUGUCAUUUGUAGCUACCUUUUGCUUUAAUAAACUAGCUUUUUUUUAAAA